AUGACUGCUCAUAAAUCUCAAGGUCAAACAUUAAGCCAUGCUAUCAUCGAUUUCGAGUCCUGUACCGGUACUGAAGCUCCUUAUGUGAUGGCAUCUCGUGUAAAAUCACUCAAAGGCUUGCUAGUUGUUCGCUGGUUCCCAAAGAAGAAGAUACAGGUCAGACCUUCAGAGGAUCUACGUGUUGAAAACACAUGCCUCAGAGUCUUUUGUGAGCAGACU